AUGCUGCCCCGUUUUUUGUCAAAGCAGGCCGUUUGGCCCUCUUUUACACCAGCAGGACUGAAUUCCGUUAAAUCCUCUAGUGCUCGAUUAUUAGCGUCUAGGUUAGUCCACGCCCGUGGAUACACUGCGACUCACGCUGGACAUGCCACAUCGGGCCAAACCAACAACGGUCAAUCUAAGAAGUCUGCGAAAAACGCUACUUCACCAUUGUGGCCCCGAAUCAAGUCCUUCACUUCUUUCACCAUCUCCGGGUUCCUGGUAGUGGGUGCAUCUGGUCUUGCAGGCCUAGUGAUAUACCUGCUCCUUCAAGAACUGUUCUCGCCAUCCGGAGAUACUCGGAUGUUCAACAGAGCUGUCUCGAUGGUCGAAUCAGACACAACCGCACGCGAACUCUUGCAGUGCAAAGACACCGAGAAAUCCAAGGAGAGACUAAAAGCUUACGGUGAGCUUUUAACCGACGAUAAAUGGACUAGAAAUAGACCCAUUGCGUCCACCAGGAGAAUCGGUAAAGACGGUAAAGAACACUAUUACCUGCGUUUCCACGUGGAAUCCAAACAAAAGCUCGCCCUUAUCCAUGUAGAGGCUCGUGAAUCCGAAAAACGUUACACCCCGGAUCUCAUAUCUAUGUACAUGGACGUGCCAGGCCAGAAACGUUAUUAUUUCAUCAAACCUCAGGCAGCAAUUGUCAAACCCAAGGGAUUCCUAGGUGUCAACUGGGGCCCCAGAACUUAA